UUCUUUUCUUUUUAUUUCAGGGUUUUUUAUUUUAUUUCACCUUAUUUUGAGAAUGGUAGCUUACUUGAAGUUUUAGCACACGACAAACAAUGUUCGAGUAACGAUAUUCAUCUAAGUAGCUUCAGACGCAAAAGAAUAUUAUUUCAGAUUGCAUCUGCUCUAGAUUAUCUUCACACACCGGUGCCUGGCUCCAGAGGUAUAGUCCUGCACAUGGAUCUUUCAAGCACAAAUAUUGUUCUAGACAAAAACUGGAAUGCAAGGCUGAUCGACUUUGGUUUAGGGCGUGAAAUGAACGAAGGACAGUCAUGGGUUACACAGACAACAAAGUUCGGGAAAAAAGGAUAUUGGCCUACAGCCAACUGUUCAAAACUAAGAGUUCAUGAGGAUUAUUACAAUUUCGGAGUUGUAAUAAGAGAACUUCUUACGGGAGUGGCGCCAUUCAUUUACGAAGACAAUCAGCUUAGAAAAUCAAGCGAAAUGAUCAUUGAAAUGCAACUGCAGAAAAACAUUUGGACAGAUUUAAAAGAAGCGUCGAGCCUUAUCAAACUCUCAACAAAAUGUUUAAAAAGCAGGGAAGAUAAAAACGUUUCUUCUGCAGACAUAGUGAAAGAAAUUAAAAAGAUGUUUCAAGAUCAGUAUUCAACACGUAGUACUAGUAACACUAGUACAUGUGAUUUAUGCAUUGUUAACCCAUCAGUUGAUGGAAAACGAGCUCCUCCGCAUCAGUGUUCAGAAAGAGUGAACGUAUGUACUUCAUGCAUGAGAAAUUCGCACGUAAAUCCGAUCAGAUGUCCAACAUGCAAUGAAACGGUUUUUCCAAAAAUCGGACACACAUAUGCAGCAGUUUUGAUUGCUGGGAAUGAUGACGAGAAUGAAGGGUUGGCUAAGUCUUUCAGAAGUGACGUCUUGGCUUUAAAGGAUGUUCUGUCUUCUAAGUGUCCUUGUGUAAUUGGAAUAAGAGACGAAAAUAUCAAGCUGAUUGCUCCUUCUAGCCCAGGAAAGGCAGAUAAACUCAAUUUACAAGUUCAUGAGGCAUUUCGUUCUUUGGAAUCCAAGCAGAACUUAGGCACACUGUUGGUAUACUUCACUGGACAUUAUUUCCCAGACAAAGGGUUCACUCUUGGUGGUCCAGACGAUGUACUUACGUUGACUGAAAUACAAGACGAAAUAAGAAAUAUUUACACACAAUGGGGGGAAACUGCGAGGAUACUUAUGUUUCUAGACUGUUGCGAGGCUCCAUAUGUGCCUAAUAUUUCAAAACACUAUGUAAAAAUGAUUCAGAUUAAUGCAUGCAGACCGGACGAAAAGUGUUUUCAGUCUGUGUCUGGCAGCAAAUUCCGAAUUUUCUUUUGUCAAGCUCUAACAAGAAGAGCUUUCAACAAAAAAUGUUAUAAUUUUAAUCUUUCCUCUUCGGAGACCGAAUGUGAAGACUGUGUGAUGUCAGAAGAAAUUAUUACAGUGCAACAGCUUCAAACAUAGAUAGAAAAACACAUGGACAAAUGUUUUAAAGGAAAGGACCCCAUACUGUAUGUACACGGCGCCACGGCAGAUGACUCUUGCAUCGGUUACAAUGUCGACUUUGUUGUCGACCUGAAAUUUUUGUUCAAGGCAGAAUCAGGACAAACAACAGAUGUUGUUAUCAAACAUGAAAUGUUUUGCGAUAUCAAGUCCUUAAAGAAACACAUACUUGAAACAGUUCUUGGUGAGACAGCUUCCGAUGGAAAGUUGAAACUGACACCAGUGGAGUUUUCUGAUGCGGUCGCUUUACACAUUCAUGAUGGAUCAAAACAUGGACUAGAGCUCGUAUCAAUGCAAAAAGUAUCAUGGGCUUUAGAUGGAAAACGGGAAAUUGUCGCUUGUUACCGCACACUUCCUAACAUACUUAAGGGAUUAGUUGUGGUGUUUAUCGAAACUACAUAUAUUACUGAGUAUCUUAGUAAUAAGGGAU